UUUCGACAAUGCCAAGAAGACGUCUCACUUCGCUCAAGACGAUAACGUUGCUGGAGACGGCACGGCUGUCACUGAGUGCCAUCGAAAACAUAUUAUUGCAGGAGCGGGAUGAAGACAUAAAUUGGAGAGAAUGGGUCGGCCAUUGCAAGAAACGUAGUUACUCUUGCGGAGAUGAGGAGAGGGGAGACUCGUCCAAAAAGAAAAUGCGAUUUCAAAAAAUUGAUAAAGAUGUAGGAAGCGGUAAUAUAAGAAAACGGAACUCAGAAGACGGGAUUGAAGAUGACGAAACGAUACAUCAGAGAAAACGGAUAAGAUUAGAAAACUAUAGUGAAACAGGAGACUUAUAUCAAACUGGAAUAUAUUUGAAACAAAAACGAAAGAAAUUUAGAGACGAUACAUGUGUGGCAUACUCGACCUCCGAUCUUUUAUUUAGCGUAAUUAAGAAAUACUUCCACGGCAUGCCAUCGACUCUGUGGAAUGAGUAUGCCAAGAUACUGAUGGAUGAAGCCGUCAAGCGCAUCCGUUAUCGUGAUGAAGGAAGGAAAUAUUUUGAGAGAAUAAUGGACUACGCUUUCUGUGGGAAACUGACGCGGUGUUCAACGUCUGCGAUCGAAGGCUGCUCAUCUGGCCUGGAGGAGACUCUCUACAGGAAGCUGCGUUGCUGCAGAAAGCUCGAGUCUCUGAACAUGACGAUCGCGCCGCGGAACGACGCCGGACUGAGCACAGCCAUCCUGAGUCUACAGCAUCUACAGCACCUGGUGACCCUGGCUCUCCUGCCUCCCACGAGGUACUCCUUCCACUGGACUGUUAAGGUCGUAGGGCGAUACUGCCUUCAGCUUCGGGAAUUGAAAAUUGUCUAUAACGGCGAUCUUUUCAGCGAAGGCGAAGGAAUCAGUUUCCAGCGCUGCCGCAGCAUCACCUCCCUUUGGCUGUUUAACUUCGGGCGCCUGUGUGAAACCAAAGGCGUGUGUUGCCUCCUGCAGACACUGACUGAUCUGAAGGUGUUAUUUCACAAAGAGCUUCCGAAUGCGAUCCUUGAGAUGACCAGCGGCAGACGGGAAGGCAUGCUGCAGGAAUCUUCAGGCCAGGAGUAUGAUGGUGCGAGCGUAGGUGCCCAGCCUGCCACGGCGAGGCCUCUCGGACUGGAGAGAAUAGACCUGUGUUGGUACGAACGAACGUGUCCGAGAAUCGGGUUAUUGAACCUUAUCGGCCCUCCGUGCCUCUCGGAGAUCGUGCAGAGGCUGCCGCAGUUACGAGUGCUUGUCCUGCAGCAAGCUAGUCUCGCCUCGAGUCUCGGCUCGACCUUGCAGGACGUCGACGUCAGUGCCUUGGCAGUGCUGCGUGUGUCGGACGUGUGGGACGUCAGCCAUGACUUGGUGUCAGCCAUUGCCCGCAGCUGCCCAGGCCUCCAAGUCCUCAGCGUGACCUCCUCCAGCCUCGAGGCCAGAGGCCGCCUGGUGACUCCUCCACGGCGCGCCCCCUUCCCGUCCCCUACGCGAAACUCUGACGUCGCGCCGGCGGACAUGCCCUCCGAACCCGAUCUGGAGGCCGUGCUGUGCCGCCCCGCGCUCCGUGACCUCACCCUCGAGUGGCCUCCCGCGGCCUCGCCGACGCUGGUGGAGAGGCUGGUGGAGGCCUGCCCCGCCCUCACCUCCCUGGCGGCCAUCACCACCUGGCCGCUCUCACCACGCCAGUGCGCUGACGUCAUCGCCUCGUACGGACGUCGUAUUGAUAUCACCCACUAUUGCUCCCAUGUUCACGCUGACCCAGAGCGGAGCACCUGUCAGGGUCCCAUCUAUGGAAAAAAUAAAAAGAACGGUCGAGGGGACUCUUUGGCCUUGGCUGGCAGCACUUCAGAGAGUGUCUCA